AUGGCUGCACCAAUUAAAGUAGUUGUAACUGGAGCUGCUGGUCAAAUUGGCUACUCCCUAGUGUAUCAAAUUGCAUCUGGUGCUGUUUUUGGGCCAGAACAGCCAGUAUUCCUUCAUCUUCUUGAUAUUGCUCCUAUGAUGGGAGUAUUAGGUGGUGUUGUGAUGGAAUUAGCAGAUUGUGCCCUGCCAUUGCUUGCUGGAGUCUUGCCUACUGCCAAUCCUGAGGAGGCUUUUAAAGAUGUUGCUGCUGCUUUCCUUGUGGGUUCUAUGCCUAGAAGAGAAGGUAUGGAAAGAAAAGACCUCCUUUCUGCCAAUGUACGCAUUUUCAAAGAACAAGGACAAGCCCUAGACAAAGUUGCUCAUAAGGAUGUUAAAGUUCUUGUUGUUGGCAACCCAGCUAACACAAAUGCCUUUAUUUGUUCUAAAUAUGCUCCGUCUAUCCCUAAAGAAAAUUUUACAGCUAUGACUAGGUUAGAUCAAAAUCGUGCUCAGUCUCAGUUGGCUGCUAAAAUUGGAGUCCCAGUUCAAGAUGUUAAGAAUGUUAUUAUUUGGGGUAAUCACUCUUCAACUCAAUUCCCUGAUGCGUCUAACGCAGUUGUCAAAAUUGGAGGUGUAGAAAAGAAAGUGUCAGAAGUUAUCAAUGAUGAUGAAUAUUUGAAAUCAACAUUUGUAUCAACUGUACAAAAGCGAGGAGCAGCAGUUAUUGCAGCUAGGAAAAUGUCAUCAGCUCUAUCUGCUGCCAAAGCUGCAUCAGACCACAUGAGGGACUGGUUCUUAGGAACUGGUGAUCGCUGGGUUAGUAUGGGUAUUGUCUCCGAUGGCUCAUAUGGAACACCAAGAGACAUUGUAUAUUCAUUCCCAGUUACAGUUAGCAAUGGAAAAUGGCAAAUUGUCCAGGGCCUAACUAUUUCUGACUUUGCUAGGGAGAAGUUAGAUGCAACUGCCAAGGAGCUGGUAGAAGAGAAACAAGAUGCUUUAGAUGUCUGUAAAGAC